AUGGAGAAAGCUUAUCUCCCCUGCGAACUUUCUCUUAUCAGCGCAAUACUUCUCAUCCUCAAACCUGCUGCAUACAAACAAGCAACAAGCAACACACCAACUCCUUCGUCCUUCACAGCCACAGCCACAGUUGCAGCGAUGGCCUCGACGACGGCGGACAAUAUACCCGCAACCACCGCCGCCGCCUCGAAUGACACAGCUCCCGCGACUGCUGGCGCCUCUGGUGCUCCUGCAGCUCCCGCCGGCGCAGACCAGCAGCCUCCCGCACGCGGAAUACCCUACUACGAGAAGCUAAGGCGGGAGCUACGAGAUACCCUGCAGAAGAAGCGGCUGAUGGAUAAAAAUAUGGCUGCUCUGGAGGAAUCGAUCUACCGCUUUGAACAAUCCUACCUCGAAGAAACGGGCGCGGGAAAUAUAAUUAAAGGGUUCGACAACUACAUCAAGGGUGCGUCUAGCUUGUCUACCAUGGGAGGCGGUAGUGGGAUGGGCUCGUCGUUUGGUGGCUCUGGAAACGGGCCAACGACGAGGCGGAAGGGCCAGGUGGCGGAUACAGACAGGGUGUUUUCUCGGAGCUCUGCUAGUUUUAUGAGAGACUCUCCCGCUCCAUCGAGUGCUCAUACCACACCCUCACAUGCACAAACGCCUACAUCAACCGGACCAGGCUUCAAGGGCGCGGAAGGCAAGGAGUCUACCGCUGCUGGAGCUGGGAACAAGGCUGCUGUAAACAAAAAGAACAACAGAAAGUCUGUUGGGGAUGCCUCGGCCGCCCGGAGAGAUCGAGAAGCGGGUGAUGAAGAUAAUGGGCUGUGGGUCAUCAUUAAGGGUGCGUAA